CUCUGCAAACUAGGGAAAAAAUUUACACUUAGCAGAUAUUGAGGGCUGAUUAUUUCUAUCACAGAAGCAUUUGGCUAUAGAAUUUCAAGGUUUAGUAAACUUGAUUUUCACUGAAUUUUUAGGUGCAUAACAGUAAAUCUACGGGCAUAUGCCGCCUGCAAGUUGUGUGGCAUCACCCAAAAGCCGAGAGUAAUGGAAAGAGCAGGCUGUUUGUAAUCAGGCAGAUCUGGCUUCUGUCCAAUCUAAAUCCUGUUAUUUAGACUAAUAUCUUCUCUUAAGUCUGUUAUUAAGUCCGAUUUCUGACGCUAUUAAGUUCGGUGAACAACCUUGGUAACUUAACCUCGGAACCACAGUUACUUCAUCUGUAAAAUAGGGAUGUAUGUAUGGUAACGAUUUUUUAACCACAACUUCCCAACUCUAAGAUGGUCUGAAAACAAUUUUUUGUGAGUUUGGCUCAGAAUCACUUGGCAGCAAAACCUGACUUGAAUUGAAGUUGAGGCUUCAUUCAUCCCACUUAGUAUAUUCAAAUGUUUUGCUAAAGAAAUAAUCAUGAGGUGCUACUUCACACUGACUAGGGUUGUAUAUGCAUUUUAUUGCCUAUUUUCUAAAACACUAAAAAUGCUAAAUUCUGCCCCAGGUCUUGCCACAGAUGUUUCAGUGGACUAUGGGCCUGUGAGACCUUAAAGGGUUGAUUGAGUAAGGAUCACAGGUGAUGUCCGCAUUCUGCUUGGCAUGGAGUUAAGUGCUUGAUAAAUGGUGGUUAUCAAUCUGAUUAUGUAAAUUUAUGUAAAUUCAGUUCUCAAGUUUGUGGUUUUUUUUCCCCUCCUGGAGAAAUCUAUUCUAUUUUAAAGUGAGGAAGGCUCCAUGGAGGGCUGGUAGCUGGUAGCUGUUCACUUGUGGAACUUUCAGCCUGAGGCUGGAGCCCCUUCCUGGGAGUCUGGUCUUGUCCUCUCCUGACCACCCCCACACCCUUCCUCUAAAUUCCCUCCAUCCCUGUUUUCUCCCACUUGCCAGCUUUUGGGAGUGCACUGAAUCUCAGACUGCAAUAGAUAAACCCAAGAGGGACAGGCACCAGUAGCCUGAGCUUGCUUUCUCCCCUGGCUCAUGGGAAUCAAGCAGUAGAAAUUUUUAGUGAGUGUUUUUUUCCAUAGUGUGCUUACUAGUUGUGUCUUCCUGUUUUGUUAUUGUUGAUUUGAAUAAACCUGUUUACAAGGUAAGGGACUGAAACAAAUAGGUGACAGGAAAAAGAGCAGCAGGGUACGAGCUGGAGGAGUAAGUGGCUUAGCUUGCUCCCUUUCAGAAUGGAGGGCUGUAUGGAAAGGAGGGGUAGUGUUCUUGAAGAGUGUUGGGGUUUAAAUCUAGGGGGACUGUGUCUUGGCAUUGAUUGAAACUCGUGGCUUAACAUCAGCCCCCAAACUGUUAGUUGGACUGAACAUGACAUUUGGCAGUGCAGUUAAAAACCCUGCCUGCUGUAGCCUGGUAAUGGUCAGGCUAUGUGAAGAGCUGCUCUGGAGCUCAGUCCAGAGCGGGUAUUCUGUUUCUUUCACUCUGAAAUCUUGCCUCUCGAUAUUUUGAGAAGGAAGGAGUUGGUGAAUUGUUUUAAAAUACUCGAUGAAUGUCUUCAUUUAUUCAUUACACCAUGUCUGAAUAUAUUUAUGUGCCAGACGCUGAACUUUACUAAUAUUAUGGUGCCCAGUAAAUACUUGUUUUUACUAAUAUUUUUUAUGGCAAUAAAAUGACUUUUUCAGGAUCAUGUGAUUUAAAAGAUUGACCCUUUUGGCAAAAUACGUAUUCAUGAUAGGAAAUAUAUACAAAUAAAAACAACAUAGUUCACUUAAACCUCCCACCAGAGCCCAGGGUUCACUGUUAUCAUUCUGAAGUGACUAUGGAAUUUCCUAGAAGUGGAUAUGCCAUAUUUUUUUAACCACUCCUGUUAGAUAUUUGUUUUUUAUUUUUUUGAGAUGGGGUCCCACUCUGCAGUAUACAAUAUCAUAGUUCACUGUAACGUGUAUCUCCUGGGCUCAAGCGAUCCUCCCACCUCAGCCUCCUGAGUAGCUAGUCUUGAGUAGCUAGACUAUAGGUGGGCGCCACCACACCUGGCUUUUUAAAAAUUUUUUUAAAAACUUUUUUAUGAACACAAGGUCUCACUAUGUUGCCCAGGCUGCCCUCAAAUUCCUGGGCUCAAGUGAUUCUCCCACCUUGGCCUUCCGAAGUGCAGGGAUUACAGGCGUGAGCCACCGCACCCGGCCCUGUUGGAUAAAUGAUUCCAGUGUCUCCCAAAAAGAACUGUUGUGAGACUGUGGGGUGAGGGGAGGGAAGGGGCAAAUAGGAACCCGCCGUAUUUUCCACUCCCUGUGGGCCUAAAACUGCUCUAAAAAAUAGUCCAUGAAAAAAUACACACUACAAACAGCAACUCUUUCUGAUAUGCUUGCAUUUAAAAUAAGGCUUUUUCUCCCUUUCGGAAAAACACAGUCCUUGUUUGCUUUAGGGAAGAGUAGAGGUCAGUGCGCUGCAUUCCAUUAAUUUCGAAGGGAAAGAUGACAAGACAUCUUGAAAGGAAUGGCUGGCUUUCUAGAGAACAGUAGAGGCUUAACAGGUGUCAUAGAAAAACCAGGGUUGGACAGUGGUAGUAAAACGGCAAAACAGAUUUUAUUCAGAAAAACUACCGCAGUAAGAGGAGAGAGACCUCGGUACAGAACUGCUCCACUCCGAAUGCAAAGAAAAGUAGGAAUUGAUGGCGGGGGAGCCGGAUGUCAGUGGAUGGAAAAUUAUUACGAGGAAACACAGGGGUGUGCAUUCUUGAUGAAGGCAGGCCAGAGUUAUCAGACAUCACCUGAGGGAUGGAGGGGGAUGUGGAACCUGAUCGGCUGUCUAGGGUGAUCAGAUACUGAAGUUGGGGGAUUCUGGUCAAAUCAAUUUAGCAGGAUUCUUGGUAAAAGUGGGCGACGCAAAGACAGACGCGUUGAAUACAAAGUCCAGGCCUUGUUGGGAAGACGAUUCAGCGGAGCCCGAGUAGAGUUUGGUCUAGGGAGACUCUGUCACUGGGAGGACGAGCGAGCCGCUCGGAAGUGCUCUGGGUUCCCUUAGCGGCCAGUGGGUUCUGGUGAGAAGGGCAACAGCGGGAGGAGGGGCCGGUGCGGAGCGGGAGGCCGGGGGCGGGGCUGCGGGGCGGGCCCGUUGUGGGUCGGCCCAGCGCGUAUUCGAAUAGAGGGCGAGCCCGUCCCGCCCCUCGUCGGGCGCUUCCCAGAUCUGCUUGAGUCUAUGGAGGAAAAACUCCGGGGGGUCCGCGAUUCCCAUGGCCGCAGCCGCCUGCGGCACCAAAGCCAUGGCCCUCUUCAAGCGCACCUUGGUGCUGAGUCCCGCCGCGGCGCCCAGGGGCCCGGGCGCAGGCACCGCCCCGCGGGGCUGCUGCUUGCCUCCUGCCGCCUGGCCCUGCAAGGACUGGUCUCGGGGAGAGGGCGGCAGGCUGUGGAGCCGCCUGCCGCAGUCCCACUCCCACUCCUGCUCCUCGACGUCUCCCACCGCCGUGUGUGUUGUCUGCCCGCAGGACUCGCUCAGCAGCAGCCUGAAAACUUGCUACAAAUAUCUCAAUCAGACCAGUCGCAGUUUCGCAGCUGUUAUCCAGGCGCUGGAUGGGGAAAUGCGCAACGCAGUUUGCAUAUUUUAUCUGGUUCUCCGAGCUCUGGACACACUGGAAGAUGACAUGACCAUCAGUGUGGAAAAGAAGGUCCCGCUGUUACACAACUUUCACUCUUUCCUUUACCAACCAGACUGGCGGUUCAUGGAGAGCAAGGAGAAGGAUCGCCAGGUGCUGGAGGACUUCCCAACGAUCUCCCUUGAGUUUAGAAAUCUGGCUGAGAAAUACCAAACAGUGAUUGCCGACAUUUGCCGGAGAAUGGGCAUUGGGAUGGCAGAGUUUUUGGAUAAGCAUGUGACCUCUGAACAGGAGUGGGACAAGUACUGCCACUAUGUUGCUGGGCUGGUCGGAAUUGGCCUUUCCCGUCUCUUCUCAGCCUCAGAGUUUGAAGACCCCUUAGUUGGUGAAGAUACAGAACGUGCCAACUCUAUGGGCCUGUUUCUGCAGAAAACAAACAUCAUUCGUGACUAUCUGGAAGACCAGCAAGGAGGAAGAGAGUUCUGGCCUCAAGAGGUUUGGAGCAGGUAUGUUAAGAAGUUAGGGGAUUUUGCUAAGCCGGAGAAUAUUGACUUGGCCGUGCAGUGCCUGAAUGAACUUAUAACCAAUGCACUGCACCACAUCCCAGAUGUCAUCACCUACCUUUCGAGACUCAGAAACCAGAGUGUGUUUAACUUCUGUGCUAUUCCACAGGUGAUGGCCAUUGCCACUUUGGCUGCCUGUUAUAAUAACCAGCAGGUGUUCAAAGGGGCAGUGAAGAUUCGGAAAGGGCAAGCAGUGACCCUGAUGAUGGAUGCCACCAAUAUGCCAGCUGUCAAAGCCAUCAUAUAUCAGUAUAUGGAAGAGAUUUAUCAUAGAAUCCCCGACUCAGACCCAUCUUCUAGCAAAACAAGGCAGAUCAUCUCCACCAUCCGGACACAGAAUCUUCCCAACUGUCAGCUGAUUUCCCGAAGCCACUACUCCCCCAUCUACCUGUCAUUUGUCAUGCUCUUGGCUGCCCUGAGCUGGCAGUACCUGACCACUCUCUCCCAGGUAACAGAAGACUAUGUUCAGACUGGAGAACACUGAUCCCAAAUUUGACCAUAGCUGAAGUCCACCAUAAAGUGGAUUUACUUUUUUUCUUUAAGGAUGGAUGUUGUGUUCUCUUUAUUUUUUUCCUACUACUUUAAUCCCUAAAAGAACGCUGUGUGGCUGGGAACUUUAGGAAAGUGAAAUGCAGGUGAGAAGAACCUAAACAUGAAAGGAAAGGGUGCCUCAUCCCAGCAACCUGUCCUUGUGGGUGAUGAUCACUGUGCUGCUUGUGGCUCAUGGCAGAGCAUUCAGUGCCACGGUUUAGGUGAAGUCGCUGCAUAUGUGACUGUCAUGAGAUCCUACUUAGUAUGAUCCUGGCUAGAAUGAUAAUUAAAAGUAUUUAAUUUGAAGCACCA